AUGGCGCACAUUAAGAACCUGGUGGCGUCGCUCCUGCGUGCCGUCGCCCUCGCGCUCCUGCUCACGUCGUCGUUCUGCGCCGCCCAGCCGAUCAAGACCACGCCCACGCUCUGGAGCUUCCAUCUUCCACUGCCCAACGGCGUCACCGGCGCCGAGAGCCUCGCCUUCGACCGCCGGGGCCAGGGGCCCUACGCCGGCGUCUCCGACGGCCGCGUCCUCAAGUGGGGCGGCAGCGCCCUCGGCUGGACCACGUUCGCUUACAGCCCCAACUACCGGAAGAUCCCGCUGUGCACGGCGUCCGUGGUGCCGUCGGAGGAGACGGAGAGCAUCUGCGGCCGCCCGCUGGGGCUCCAGUUCUUCGCCAAGACCGGCGAUCUCUACAUCGCCGACGCGUACCACGGGCUGAUGAAGGUCGGGCCCGACGGCGGCGAGGCGGAGGUGCUGGCCACCCAGGCCGACGACGGCGUAACGUUCCACUUCGUCAACGGGUUGGACGUCGAUCAGGCCACCGGCGACGUCUACUUCACCGACAGCAGCACCACCUACCCGCGCCGGUUCAACACAGAGAUCAUGAUGAACGCCGACGCGACGGGGCGGCUGCUCAAGUACGACGCGCGGACGAAGCAGGUCACCGUGCUUAAGGCCGGCCUGCCGUACCCGAACGGCGUGGCGGUGAGCAACGACAGGACGCACGUGGUGGUGGCGCACACGGUGCCGUGCCAGACGUUCCGGUACUGGCUCAAGGGCCCCAAGGCAGGGCAGUACGAGCUCAUGGCGGACCUGCCGGGGUACCCGGACAACGUGAGGCGCGACGCGAAGGGAGGCUACUGGGUGGCGCUCAACCAGGAGAAGGCGCGGCUCGACGUAGCGGCAUCGGCGGCUCCUGUGAAGCACCUGGUGGGCGUCCGGCUCAGCGUGGACGGCGUGGAGGUGGAGGAGCUCACGGCGGCCAAGGGUGUCACGCUCAGUGACGUCGCAGAGAAGGAUGGUCAGCUGUGGCUAGGGUCGGUGGAGCUCGACUACGUUGGACUAGUUCGUUAGAUAAGGCUUGAGUUGCAUAUAGUAGGUACUCCGUAGGUAGAUAGGACUAGCUUCAUAUAUGAUUUUUUAUUUAUGG